AUGCGGUUGGACGACACAUUCUUUACCUUGGCUUUCAUUGCGGCUCACUUUGGCAGCGCAGCGGCCAAAGGGUGUCCAUAUUCCGUGAGGAGAUAUGACAAGGAAGUUAAAUGGGACAUAGUCGAGGCUGGAAAAAGCCACAUAAGAGUUAUUGACGGUUAUCCUGCUACAAUCUCAGCCGAUCAAGAUUGCAAACUAAAAAUCAAGGGAUUGGCUCGCUUGAAGUAUACUAUUGCCCCAGGCGAUUCAAGGCCGGAUCGCUGUAAAGGUAAUUCUAUCGGGACGAGUUGA